AUGUCAGAUACUCCUAUUAAAGCAGAAGAAAAAAAUAAUGAUAAUACAAUAAUUCAAGAAAGCGAAGAAAAUGCUAAUAAAGAUAGUAAAAUUGUAGAAGAGGAAAGUAUAAAACAAGAUGAUAAUGAUAAAAAAUCGGCAACCACCGCCACCAUUACCACUAGUGGUGAUACCGCUACUGCUAAAAAAAAUGCAACAGUUGAAAGUGGGGAGGACUCAGAUUUAGACGAUGAUGAUAUGCCCGAGCUAGCAGAAGAACAAGGAGUAUUACCACCUGAUAUUUCAUCAUUAAAUUUUGAAAAUAUUCUUGGCGGCGGUGGCAGUGGUGGUUCUGCAAAAAAUCAAACUCGUGGAGAAAAAAAAGCUCGAAAAGCAAUGCAAAAGUUGGGAUUGGUACCUGUUCCUGGUAUCACUAGAGUUACAAUCAAAAGAGCAAAAAAUGCCGAAGACCUCAAUUCUCAAGCUCAAGCAAAUGCUGCGCAACAAUUUCAAAAUUCUGCUGAAACUACAACUGCUGCUGCUACUACAUCUAAAGAAAUUGCUAAAACUGUAAGUAUAGAAAUAAGGAGUAGUAAAGGGAGAAGAGGUUUAGGGAUGAAUUGUGAGGUUGGAAAAAAUUGUUCUCGUGCUAGAGCUGUUAAAGCUCUAAAGAAUAACAAAAACGAUAUUAUUAAUGCUAUUAUGGCGUUACAAUAA